GAUCGCUCUCGCUAUACGCAAAAGUCAUAUCUACUGGGGAAAAUUGGGACUAACGCCGGGGCAUAACACCUAAACGGAGAGAUGGAGCUGCAUGAUUACCAGUGGAAGGUGAUUGCCCCUGCUCUUGAGGGCAAGAAUAUCAUAAUCUGGCUUCCGACAGGCAGUGGCAAGACCAGAGCGGCGCUGUACGUAGCAAUGAGACAUCUUGAGAUAAAGAGGAACGCCAAGGUGGCCAUGAUUGUGAACAAGGUACAUCUAGUACAUCAGCAUUACAGCAAUGAAUUCCAGCCUCUUCUCAAGGACAAAUUCAGGGUCAUCUCUGUUAGUGGGGACAACGGGGAGGAAAAGUUCUUCUUUUCUCAAAUAGUGAAGGAGAAUGAUGUCGUCAUCUGUACAGCUCAGAUCUUGCAAAAUGCACUGACAGAUGAUUGUAAAGAGAAGCAUGUGGAACUGACAGAUUUCACAUUGUUAAUCAUCGAUGAGUGUCACCAUACGCACAAAGACGGCGUUUAUAACAAACUAAUGGAAGGUUACCUCGAGAGAAAGUUAAGGCAAGAGAGGAACCUGCCUCAGAUUCUAGGACUUACGGCGUCUCCCGGUACCGGCAGAGCCACCGGCUUCGAGAAGGCCGUAGAUCAUAUUCUGCAGAUCUGUGCCAACCUGGACACUUGGAAGAUAAUGUCGGCAGAGACCCAAAGUAUCGACACGGAAACCAAAAACAAGCAGCCAAACAAGCAGUACGACCUAGUCACAGAACGGGGGCAGGAUCCUUUUGGAGAUAAGUUGAGGGAUCUUAUGAGAGAGAUCCAUAAUUAUCUACAAGACCUUGAUUUCUGCUACUCAGACUUCGGCACACAGAUAUACGAACAAAAAAUCGUGGAGCUGGAAAAAGAAGGUUGCGUGGAGGGAAACAGGAAGAAGAGAACGUGCGCUUUGCACUUGCGCAAGUACAAUGAUUCUCUUUUCGCGCAUGAUACCGUAAGAAUGAUCGACGCCUUUGAGCUUCUGGACAACUUCUACCAGGAGGAGAAAAGCAUCAGGACCUUAGAAGACCCCUCCGAGCGCUUUCUCAUUCAGUUAUUUUGUGAUAAUCGUGCCACGUUGUUGGCGUUGGCCAAAGAUCUCAAAUUUGAAAACCCCAAGUUGAAGAAAUUGGAGGAGAUCCUUCAGGAACGAUUCCAGUCCAGCUCCGGUUCCAGAGGCAUCAUCUUUACGAAAACACGGCAAAGCACCCACAACCUGCAUGACUGGAUCAUCGCCAACGCGUCCCUGCGGGAAAUCGGAAUAAAAACAGCGGCAUUGACAGGAGCAGGCGCUAGCAAUCAGACCAAGCACAUGACCCAAAAACAGCAGAAAGAGGUCAUUGAAAGAUUUCGCCACGGGCACCUAAACCUUCUGAUCUCCACAAGCGUGGCAGAGGAAGGCUUAGAUAUCCCACAAUGCAACAUCGUUGUGCGCUACGGCCUGAUGACGAAUGAAACUGCGAUGAUACAGGCCAGAGGCAGAGCUCGUGCCGAAAAUAGCUGUUAUUCCUUUUUGGCCAAAACGGGGAGCAGAGAAACGCGGAGGGAGAAAACCAAUGAAUAUUUAGAGACGCUGAUGGGAGAGGCGAUAAAACAUGUGCAGAACAUGCCAGCUGCAGAGUAUGCACGGAAGAUUAAUAAACUGCAAAUGGAGUCCAUCAUUAGUCGCAAGCUAAAGAACGAAAAGAAGAAGGAGUUGAAGAACUUAUUCAAACCUGAGGACGUCCUCUUUUAUUGCAAGGGUUGUGAUGCGGCCGUGGCCUGCGGGAGUGACUUUCGUACCGUAGAAAAGACGCAUCACGUCAACGUCAACUCGAACUUUGAAAUCUAUUACCAAGUCUCCGAGGGGUCCGUGGUUCUUGAUAAACAAAUGGCGGACUGGCGUCCAGGACGGAGGGUCCGAUGCCACUGUGGCCAGCCGUGGGGAAUGGAAAUGAUUUACAAGGCGGUGACUCUUCCCAUCAUUCCCAUCAAGAGUUUUGUGUUGCAAACUCCCAAAGGGAGAAGGCCGGUUGAGCAUUGGAAGGACGCCCCGUUCCCCGUGGAGGAGUUUGAUUACGAGCUGCACUGUCUGGAGAAGUUUCCGCAUCUCUUUAAUGACGACAGCGACUGAGAUUGUUUUCUACUAAUAAUGAAUACUUAAUAACCCAGAAACUGCCAGGAUUUUACCCUAAAUCUCUCAUUUUAGGGCGAAUGAGGCAGAUUCCCAAGGUCACAUAAUUAUUAGGGAGAAGCCCGGCCUGUAUGUGAGGUUCCAUGGAAAUGUUGCGUAUGGGAGAGUCAUGUAUGCAGUCAUAUGAUUUGCAUCAUAUGAGAUGAUAUGUUUUCAUAUUUACUUCAUCCAUAUUCCAUUGU